UUAACUCAUAAUUAUAUAUUUUUUUUAAUAUCUUAUUAUCUAAUUGAUAAACUCAUGCUUCAUCCGUGCGUGUCUCAUCGAGAUUCGUCGAGACCACAGGGUCUCGUCGCGAAGUUUUUUUCAACCUUUUAUAUCUAACACCUCUAUACAAUAAAACACUCUUGUGUAUUUUAUUGAAUAGUGGUGGUAGAUAAAAAAGGUUUAAAAAACUUCGUGACGAGCCCCUGUGGUCGAGACUGAAAAAAAUUGACGGCAGUCUCUCAAAAUUUUGAGUCUCGACUAAUCUCGCUGAGAUUUCUAGAGUAGACAACUAGACACCGAGUAUUGAUUGAAGUGAUCAGUAGCAUGUAGCCAGUAGCAUGUGAUUAUGAUUAUAUUCAUCAGUUGCUAAUCUGGAGAUGAUAGAUAUUCUAUCAGUGAGUUAGGACCUCCAAUCUCCUGGUUUUUGUCUGGUAAUCAUGGGUCUUUUCACAAAAAGAAAAUAAUGAACACUGAAUAAAACAAACAAUUCCAAUUUUUAUACUUAUCUGGCUAAUUAGAAUUAUACGUAAACAUUGGAACUUAAAAAUGGAUUUCAUAGGACUCAAAAUAUAUUUACAUUUUUCUCAGAGACGUAUAUAUACUAACAGUAACUUGUAUGAACGUACAAUUGGGGAAUAAAAUUUUGAAAUUGAUGAAUCUUGGUCCCAAGGUACCUCCGUUUUGGAUAAAAUAUAUAUGCACCAACAAAAUUUGUACUUUCCUUUCCUUGCAUUGUAAUAAAAAAAGAGAGAAUAUUGUAAAAUCGUAACUAAAAUGCAUCGAUGUGUGGAUCCUUCAUAGAGCUGUAUUCAACUAAUAGGUAAACAUUCUAAAAGUUUCAUAGGCCCCUUGGACUCUAUAUGCUACAAAUUUGAAAGGGAAGUAUAACUUAUAGUCAUUAAAUCUUUUUAAGUACCGGUAAUUUAGCUAGUUAUCGAAAUGAAGAAAACUAAAAAUUAUUUCAGAGAGUACAUGUAUUUGCUAUAACUAGAAGUGCAGUGAUGGCCUUGAAAUUAGAUAUAUAUUGAUGGAAAUUAGACCCACUGGCUAUUACAUCAAUGAGUCAUUUGUUCAAAACCUGUGACAAAAAGAGGCUUUCGUAAAAAAUCAAUUUCUUUAUAGGUCUUUUAUGUCGGAUUUUGAUUUAACCAUUGACCUCAAUGAUUUCUCCCUUAUAUUUUGUCAUCAUUUAGAUAUAUAGUCAACAAACAUCAGAGAGUGUCGGGCAUUAUCUCACAGUUUAAUUAACUGAUGAUUUGAUGCAGAUUCUUAUUGUGUAGUACAUACUGUGUGUCUCUAGACUGGCUUUCAUCAAAGGAUAAUAUCACUAUUGACCACAGAGCUCUCUGUUUAUACUAGUGUGAGGCAGGCAUUGAUUUAUAUACUUGUAGUACUCAGCAUGCAUGGCUGCUCUGUUAAUCCCUGGUGACUGCAGUAUCUCAAGAUAUUUGGGUAGAUAUGAAUGCCUGGAGAAGAAGACAGAUUAGAGAGUACUCUCUGUGAACCUGCAUGUGUGAGGACCCAACAUGGAGAAAAGUACUUCAAAACAAGAGCCAUUCAAGGUCUUAAAGCAAAUGUCCUUGAGAAGACAUGACCUUGAGAGAUCAUCGGACAAACUGAGGCUGGACUUGGAGCACCUGCAGCAGGUCAGCAGUGAACAGGGUGACCAGAUCUCUAGCUCUCUACAGGCGCUCAGGAGGGAGCAGGAAGUCACCAACAAAUUGCUGAAUUCUGGGAACUGGACAGCUCAAGAAAUGGACUGCCAGGACAGAGGCAGAAGUACCAUGUCCUCCUCACGGCCACUGCAGAGAGAGCCGUCAAUAUUACGACAGCUAAAGACAUGGAGCACCUCUGAUGUCAUUCAAUGGCUGGAACAAAAGAGGCUCAAUAAAUUUGUUUUCCUUUUUCAACGACAUCACGUGACAGGAAGUGACUUAGCUCAACUAAAGCUAUCCUUUUUAGAUAAUUAUGAACACAUCUGUGUGUCCGAUCGAGAGGAACUUUUGUCACAGAUCUACGAACUGUUGAGAUUGGAGCAGGCAGAUGAUGAAGACCCAACACGAAUUUCAUCCCCCACAGACAGGGAAAAACUCCGACUGGCCAAGCAAAUAGCUCACGACCACACCUUCAAGAGGUCACAGAGUUCACCUGUCUGCUUCAUUCCUUCCCAGCAUUCCUCUUCCUCUUCCUCAUCGCAGUCCUCCAAUACAUCCUCACCCACACCCAAACAGAGGAAGCAGUCUGCACCGACUGAUGGACCCAGUGUCUUAAGUUCCUUGAAACCAAAAAUUGCGCCUGCAACUAGCAAAGGAACUGAGCCCAGCAGACAACAUAUAGAAUUACCAAAAGGGUUUCAUGACAAGAAAAAAUUAAAGAAAACAGCAGCCUGUACCUGGUUCGAAGCAUUGGAAGGCAAUUAUAACUCCUGUGUGUCAUGCUUCACACUACAGAAAAAGGGCGGCCAUUUUGGCAUUACCAUAGAGCCACGACCUGAUGGGCAGUUGGUGGUCAGUAAUGUGAGCCCCGACCUACAGGCAGGUGUCAGGGUCAGUGACAGGGUACUGGAAAUAAAUGGUUGUUGUUGCUUGUCCACCAAAGCAUCAUCUAUAGCAGACAUAUUGAAAUCCAGUGAUGUUAUACAAAUAGUGACAUGUAAACCUUCAGAAUACAGGUCACAAGAAGUUAGCCCAAGAGAGAAGUAUACAUCUGAUGUGAAAUGGCAGAAGUUUCGUGAUUUUUUGGUGGAUUUCAAAGAACAGGAGGUGAACAUUGAACAAAUGUUGAAAGACAUUCCUAAAGUUGAGGUCCAAAAGUGUAAAGAACAGGCAGCAUUAAGGAUGGAGCUGGAUGAAGCUCAGACCAGGAUCAAGGAGCAGCAGGCUGUGAUAGACAGAUUGACAGAGGAGAUAGACAGAUUGACAGAGGAUGUGGCAGACCAGAAAGCACUGAUUGGGAACUUGUCCAAGGAGAGGUCAAGUGCUGUGAGGGAGAGGUCCAGGGGACAGGGUAAUGAGGGAAGUAUAAAACAAGGGGAGACAGAAUACUAUAAGAUUACAAUGAAGAGUUUAAAUAUGGAAUCAGCCACCAAGCCUGCUGAGGAGAAUUACUGGUGUGUGUGUAUUCCCACUGUCAGAGAACAGAUUAUGAUGACUCUGAAAGACAUUGUGAAGGAGGCCAGCAGACAGAAAUUCUACCUGGACAGACUCAUCUCCUUGGUGAUAGAGGAGUCGCCAUGGUUACUGGACCAGGUCGAUGCCAACUUUGACGAAACCUCUAUUGACAACAAAAUGGAGGAAUUUUGUUGAAUAUUACUUAUACUUUUAAGAGACUAGGAAGCACAAAUAUGAUUAUUUUCAACACCCUUCUGUGUUAUCACUCAAUUCUUUUCCUGGUGGUUCUACAUGAUAAAGUUGGUCUGGGGAGCACAAAAAUAUACUAGUAUUCUGUAACUUACUGAUAAUAACACAGGUAUGUUCAGUCAAAAAUUUCAAAUGUAUUGUCACAUCAUGAAAUCAUAUUUAUGUACAUGUACCUCUAAGUAUAAGAAGAAGUCCAACAUAAUGUACGUAAAAUAAGUGAUUUAUUACCGUUAUCUGUCAUUGUAAAUGAUAAUACAAAUCAAGCUAAUUUGAUGUCAUAUGAUUAUGAAAUGAUGUUGUUGAUUUUUGUUAACUGAUUUUAAAUUAAUGUCUUUAAGUUUUUGUCAGGGUUUAGUUCAGUGUCUUUGUAUGCUUAAAGAUUUUUAAGUGUUCAAAAUAAUUGCAAUAUUUCAGAUCUGAAUUUUUAAAAUGUUUUUAUUUUUAUGAUGUUUUAUUUUUACCUAUAAAGCUUUAAAACAGU